CGUGUGAGACCAAGUCGAACGCACCCCCCGACUCCAGACACGGGCGUCUUUCUUACAGGAUCUUCAUUGCUCCCCUUUCCUCAACCCGUGUAGAAGCACACAGUCAUUAUGGACUCCACACCUGCACAAGAGCAAGUGCCAACGCACGACAGUGCCGACACCGCCCAGGAACCCCCCUCUAAGAAGGUCAAACUGGACGAUGCGCCGAGCACCAGUGCACCAGCGCCUGCUGAAGUCGACCCGCGGCUGAAGGGAGUCGCUCCGAUCAAGGCUGAGUACCUCCUCCCGCGAUCCGACCGAAGCCAGCCCAGCCCCGAGCAAGAGAACCAGGACGAUGCCGCUGAAGCCGCCCACCACGACGGCCGCAACAACAACAAUAACGGCGAGAUGAAGGCCCACCAGUACCAGCAGAAGAAGAACAAGAAGAAGACCGGCCAGAACACCAACCGGACCUUCGGCCGGUCGGAGGAUGCAAAGGGCCUCUGUCCGAGCCGCAUGUUCCACCCCGAGUUUUCGCCCGCCGAGUGCAGCUUCGGCGAGAAGUGCCGCUACGAGCACGAUCUGCGCACCUAUCUCAAGGAGCACAAGCGCGAGGAUCUGACGACGAUGGGUGGCGUGUGUCCCGUGUGGGAUGUGCACGGCAAGUGCUUCUCCGGCUGGAAGUGUCGGUUUGUCGGCUCGCAUUCCCGCGAGCGCGAGACGGAGGAUGGGAGGAAGGAGUUGGUUCUCAUCGAGGAUGAGGAGCGCAAGAAGAAGGUGCAGCGGUUGGUCCCUGAGGCGUCCGAGGAGGGCGUGCUGAAUAUCGCUGCCAUGGAUGAUAAGCUAGCAUUGGCGCGGAAGAAAAAGCACCUCCCCAAGGCCGAGGCAUAUAGCAAUUGGUUGGAGAAGACGAAUAAGGCUAUCGAGAAGGAUCUUCACAAGCGCGAUCGGGUCGGCACCACCGAGGUGCAGGAUGGCCCCGUGGACAAUAAGGAAGAGCAGGAGGACAACCGCGCCGCCUAUGUUGAGCCCCCAUUGCUGCCCUCCGAGAAGCGCAGGCUCUACUUCGGUCCUGAGACUCCGGCUCUGGCUCCCUUGACGACCCAGGGUAACAUGCCCUUCCGCAGACUCUGCGUGGAGCUUGGCGCGCAGCUCACCUAUUCGGAGAUGGCCAUGAGCUUGCCCUUGAUCCAAGGACAGAAGUCGGAGUGGGCGUUGAUGAAGGCGCACGAGUCUGAGAUCGCUCCCCCAACUGUCUUUCCUAGCUCGGAGAUCGUGCAGGACUAUGACAACUCGAAGGAUAUGAAGUUCGGUGCGCAGAUCGCGGCAAACAAGCCCUGGCAGGCAUUCAAGGCUACGGAGGCGCUGGCGCAGAUGACACCGCACUUACGGCUCGUGGAUCUGAACUGCGGCUGCCCGAUUGACCUUGUCUUCCGUGAAGGUGCGGGCUCGGCCCUUCUCGAGCAUCCCUCCAAGCUCGAGAAGAUCAUCCGUGGCAUGAACACCGUUUCCGGAGAGAUACCUGUUACGGUGAAGAUCCGUAUGGGUACCAAGGACAACUCUCCCAACGCGUUGAAGCUGACCGAGCGCCUUCUGCUCGGAGGUUAUGAGUCUCAUCUCUUCGGCGGUGGUGGAGCCGGCGCGGCCGCUAUCACUCUCCAUGGGCGGAGCCGACAGCAGCGGUACACCAAGUCGGCCAACUGGGAGUAUAUUUCCGAGUGCGCCGCGCUCAUCAAGCGGCUGAACGAGAAGCAAGACGAGGUUGCCGACACCAUCCGGGAGCCUGAUGCUCGCACGCAGCCCAACGGGGGCAAAGUCUGGUUCCUUGGCAACGGCGAUUGCUAUUCUCACAUUUCCUAUGAUGAAUAUAUCAACAACGCUGGUGUCGACACUGUCAUGAUUGGCCGCGGUGCUCUGAUUAAGCCCUGGCUGUACGAGGAGAUUCAGGCCGGCCAGUAUCUUGAUAAGUCCUCGAGUGAGCGUCUGUCCUACAUCGAAAAGUUUGCCAAAUAUGGUCUCGAGACCUGGGGCUCGGACGAGCAUGGCGUCGGCACAACCAGACGCUUCUUGCUCGAAUGGCUGAGCUUUGCCCGCCGCUACGUGCCGCUUGGUCUGCUCGAGUAUCUUCCCCCUCAGAUCAACGACAGACCCCCGGCUUUCCGGGGCCGAGAUGAUAUGGAGUCUCUGAUGGCGAGUACCAACUACAAGGAUUGGAUCAAGAUCACGGAGAUGUUCCUCGGACCUGCUCACAAGGACUUCAAGUUCGAGCCCAAGCACAAGUCCAACUCGUACGAUGAAGCAGAGGGUUAAAAAGGAAACUCCAUAGCGUAUAGACUAGACCUGGGGUCAAAAAGUGAACAGCAUGUACAUACCACAAUUUUAGCCGGUUUCAAUCGAAGUUUAAGGGCCACACAAGGCCAACCC